GAAGGAGGAAAAUCAGUAAAAUAGCGUCAGUAGAAGCUACACGUGGGACGAGUAGAGCGAAAUCGAAUCCAGCUGCCUAUUGAAACUCCAUUGACAUAUUCUCCUUCUAUCAAUUUCCCCCUUUAUUUUUCCCUUUUUUUAAAAAAGGAAGAAGAAUAAAAACCAUCCAUAUAUCAUAUCCAUCUUUCUUGAGAAACAAGUGAGAGAAAGAAAGAGAUGAGAAAAUCCUUAGGUGGAAGUUACAGUGGCGGAAAUGGCGGACAAAUGUUAAGAAGUGCAGGAAAAGUUAAUAGAAGAACUAAACUUAAUCAUUUUCAAGAAUCUCUUCCUUCAUCCAAUAAUAAUUCUUCUUCUUCACCCACUAAAAUAUGUUCUUCGUCAACAAAAGAUAACACCACAUCCAAACACGCCCUAUCUCUCUCCUCCCCAGUUCCAUCACCAUGCACUAGUAAUAGUAAUAAUAAUAGUAUUAAUGGUCUUUCUCUUCCUAAUUACUUUAUUACUAAUAAUGAGGAAGAAUAUAAUUAUAAUGAAGUUGCGAAUGAGAAUAAUGAAUGGGAGUGUUUGGAGAAUUAUUAUGAUCCUAUAUUUGGGGUUCUUCCUUCUACCCGUGAAGUUCAACAUGCCCUCUUAUCUCUUCAACAAGUCCUUCCUCCACACUCAUCCCCUCAAUUCACCAGCAAAGAGAUACUUUCCGACGUUGAGGAUGACAUGGAUGAUCAAACAACUAGAGCCACAUAUACAGUGCAAAGCACAUCCUCAAAGGGUUCCGAGUAUGAUUGGAUAGAGCCAUCGAUGCAUCCGUAUGAUGCGAAAUUAGUGACACAAUCUCCUGGAUGGGAGAGGGUCUAUGAUGCUUUUCAUCUCUUGCAGACUGAGCCCACUGUUCAGAUGAUGAGACAUGCAGUGUAUUUGGCCUUUGUAUAUUUGAAGCAAAAAUGGAAAAUGGUGGUAUCAUUGUCAUCUGAUAAAGCUGUGUGGGAUGCUGUCUUGAACAACGAUGCUGUACGGGAGAUUAGGGAUUCUUACCGCAAUGCUGCUGAAUGUUUGCCGUCAAGCCCUGUUGAAAAACCUGACCCAUCUACAAAUUUAAGUAUACUCAAAUGGAUGUUUGUGAAUAUGAAGGUGAAGUUUUCGGAAGUCUUGGGAAAUAUCUCACAGUUUGUGGGUGAUAUACUCAAACCCCUUGAUGGUGAUAAAGAAGAAGAAUCAUAUGCUUUCUCAGAUAAGCUCAAGUCAACAUUCUUGCUUACCGUUGUCGUUUUAUUGAUCGUGGUUGUUGCUCGUGGACACAAGGCUUGAGUAAUCACUCGUAAUUUGCCGACAGUACUAAAUUUGCUUUAAUUGUCUUCUACUCUUCUUAUCUUAAGCUUCAACUUCAUGGAUAAGACCAAGUGUAUUUGGUCCUGGGUUUUGAAUGUGUUCAGCAUGAAACCUUACAUACAAAUGUUAGUUUUCACAUCUCA